GCAGAGGAAAAAAAGCUUUGGAGGGUUUGAUCGAGGAAUGUAUAAUCAAGCGACAGCAUUUUUCUUUAGCAACUUUCCGGAUGACUGGAACUUUGAGUAGAUGUGGCAAACUUUUAAGAAGUAUGGAAAGGUGCUGGAGAUACACUGCCCAGAAAAAAGAGGAAAAGAUGGAAGAAGGUUAGGGUUUGUUAGGUUCCAAGAUAUCAGGGAUGAAAGUGAUUUGGAACAACAGCUGAACCAGAUAUGGAUUGGAAAUUGGAAGCUUAGAGCAAAUAGACCAAGGUUUCAAAGGGGGGAGAAAGAUAAGGGUCGACGAAUAGAGCAACAAGAUAACGGUCAUCGAAUAGAGCUUGAAAGGAAAAAUGCAACUAGGGAGGCAAGGACUUAUGUAGAUGUGCUGAAAGGCGAUGACGAAAGGGACAAGAAACAAGCAACAAAAACACCAUGCAGUGAAGACCAAAAGGAAGAGGAAGAAGAAGAGUCGUGGGUAGUAAAUAGUGACUUUGGAGAGAUACAAGUGGUAGCUGAUGUGAAAGAUGUGCAUAAUGAGGAUGAUGAGGUGGCAGUAAAGGAUUGGAUUGAAGAACAACAGUCAGUUAUUCAAAUUUUGAAACAAAUCCAUGGUAGCAUAAAUGUCACUUCGAAGUCAGAUGAUGGACAGAGUGAAGGCCAACAAAUAAUCCAAAUUGAAAAAGUGAAUAGGGAGAAAUCAGUUGAGAUGGAAGUGGAUAGUUUUAAAAUAGUGAAUGAGAAGAUAGGAAAUGAGAAUAAUGGCGAAAACUCCUCUCUUGAGGAUGCAAGGAUGAUUGGGGGGAGUAACGAGAUGGUGGAACAUAGCAACAGCAACCAAAAAGUGAAGAAAAAGAUAACGUCGAAUGAAUCAGAGGAGCAGAUACAAAAGAUACAUAGGCCUGACAAGCAUAUGGACCGGGGUGAACAGAAAAAAAGAAAUGGAGAAAAUAGCUUUUAUUUAAUACAAACAAAUGGACUUAUGGGGUCUAGUCUAGGCCCAAGAGAAGAAGGCAGGACUAAUAAUGCAGAAGGGGAGGUAAGCAUGGAUGUGGGUCUUGUUAAUAGUCAGGAUGUCGAAGACCCAAGAAAAGUAAAGAAGAAAGUUGGGUUUUCGAUAAAUGAGUCCCACAGGGAUGAGGAAUUGAUGGAAUUCUGGAAAGGGAUGGAAAGCGAAUCUGAAAGUAUUCGAGAAUGGAUGGGAAGAAGUGAGAGGAAAAUGAAGAAGAGAAACAAGAGAAGAUCCAAGUCUUGCGCAUCUGUAUAUAAUAAUUCUACUGCUUUAGAAUCAAUAGUGGUGGGAUUUAAAGGGAAAGGGAAAUCUGCUAUGUUGAAAAUGUAUAAAGAACAAAAGGUAAGAUUCGAGCCAGGUCCAAAUAGAGAAGUAGUGGAUGAUUCAAUUGAAGACAACGGGAUCCAAAAUUGCAAUCGGAGCAAUGUCAUGGGUCUCAACAGAAAAGGCGCUAAGGAGAUGUGGGAGUUUGCAAAAAGUAUAGGAGUCACAGCUAGAAGGAGUGAAGACGAAUUGGUACAAAAAUUGGGGAAGCUAGAGGCUCGAGAUAGAGAAGCUGGAAAGAAGGAAGAGAGACAAGGUGCCAAGGGAGUUGCACAAGGGACAUCGUUGCCAUCAUGAUUUUUCUGACAUACAACAUAAGAGGGCUAGGAGGAAUAGGGAAGAGGAGGGAGAUACAGGAGUUGAUAAAAAAGGAAAAAAUAGAAUUUGUAGCACUGC